AUGUUGCUCAAAGUGGACAAUGGUUUUGAGAAUUUACAUGUCUCUGAAAAGCAGCCAAUUGAUUUCUUCGAUCGUAACGGUCUAGCAAAUUCUGUAACUAAUCAAACUCAAAGGAUUUAUUGUGAAUUUCAGAUUCAAGAUAUAUGCGAAUGUCUUGUUUUGACGAAUGAAAAGUUGAGAAAAGUGAUGGACGAGCUGUUAAAGAGUAUGGAGAAAGGUCUUCGCAAAGAAACUGGCAUGUUAUUCGUUGAUUAUAAUAGUAUGAUUAUAGCGUCGACAGCAGCGAUUAAAAUGCUACCAUCCUAUGUGCGUGCAGUGCCGAAUGGUACGGAGCAUGGUGAUUUUCUGGCGCUUGACUUGGGUGGAACCAACUUUCGCGUGCUGCUCAUCAAACUUAGUGGUCAUAAAGCAGAUAUGUCUGGAAAAAUCUUCCGAGUACCUGACCACAUUAUGAAGGGAACUGGCACUGCGUUAUUCGAUCAUAUUGCGGAAUGUUUGGCAAGGUUCAUGGAGGAGAACGGUCUCAUCCACGCUGAGAAGUUACCACUCGGUUUCACAUUUUCAUUUCCAUGCAAACAGGAAGGUCUUACUUGUGCAAAGCUAAUCAAUUGGACGAAAGGUUUCAAGGCGAGUGGUGUCGAAGACAAGGACGUUGUUACGAUGCUUCGUGAGGCUUGUCAACGACGCAAAGAUAUUGACAUUGACGUUGUGGCAGUGUUGAAUGAUACUGUUGGCACCCUAAUGGCUUGUGCGUUCAAAGAGAAUUCAUGUCAAGUUGGUGUGAUCGUUGGAACUGGCACUAAUGCUUGCUAUAUGGAGCAGAUCAGCAAGUGCCCCAAGCUAGAUGAUGAGCAUUUGGAAAGUGACGGAUUUCCAGCUGAGAUGAUCAUCAAUACCGAGUGGGGUGCGUUCGGUGACGAUGGUGUUUUGGAGUUUGUUAGAACUCGGUUUGAUCAGGAGGUUGACUCGAACUCAAUUAAUCCUGGCAAACAACUCUUCGAAAAGAUGAUAUCUGGCAUGUAUAUGGGCGAAUUGGUGCGUGUGGUGCUGGAAUAUUUGGCGCGUAAUAACUUGCUUUUUGAUGGCCAUUAUGAUGCAAUUUCGCAACGUCAUUCGUUCCCAACUAAAUACGUCUCUGAAAUUGAAAGUGAUCUUCAAGAGGAUGAGGAUCGUUCAUUCCAGAAAACGAUGCAAAUUCUUGAAGAUAUUGGCAUUGAACAAGUAUCAAUCGCUGACUGUAUCAAUGUUGCUUAUGUAUGCUCACUUGUCAGCACAAGAGCAGCAUAUUUGUGUGCAGCUGGUAUUGCGACGUUAUUGAAUCGAAUGAAGAAACCGCAUGUGACUGUUGGCGUUGAUGGGUCAGUUUAUCGGUUUCAUCCAACAUUCCCGAAAUUACUCGAUGAGAAGAUCGAUACGUUGCUGGAUGACAGUCUUGAAUUUCAAUUGAUGCUUUCCGAAGACGGAAGCGGUCGAGGUGCUGCACUCGUGGCUGCAGUAGCGUCUCGUAUGAAUCGUGAACGUGCUGCUUUAACAGCAGCAGCACAUCGGAAAAACUGA